UGGCGUCAUUCACGGCGCGGUGCGGCAAGACAUUGCGCUGCCCGCACGUUCCAGGCUGUCUGAGCGCCUCAAUUGUGCAGUCAUGGCGAGACGCGCUGUCUGGAUGCCGCGUGUCUGCUGUCUUCUCGGCGCUGUCUGGUGUCUGUCGACCUACGCCUCAGCGCAGAUCAUCUUCGGCUCGCGGCGAAGACCCCAGCUGCCGCCGACCAGGCCACCUGUGUCACCUCCGCCGCGAUCGGCGGCGAGUGACCUCGGCUCGGCCUGUCUAACUCCGGAGAGACAUGCGGGCCGCUGUGGCGUGGUCACCAGCUGCCCUUCGCUGACCGAACACCUGCGCAGGAGGAACGUGCCCUACCUGAAGGCGUCUGUCUGCGGCAAGCACGGCACCACCACGCUCCUGUGCUGCCCGAACGACGCGUCGCCGCCCGCGGGCAGCGCCAAGUUCGUCUCUCCGCCGGGCUGCGGCAUAUCUUCGCUGGAGGGCAUUCGCAUCGUGGGUGGCGUACCCGUCCAGCGCUUGAGCGACUUUCCCUGGAUGGCGUCACUCCUGUACACCGAGGAACCGUUCAACAGAUGCGGCGGGGCAAUAAUUGACCGGCGCUGGGUGAUGACGGCUGCCCAUUGCAUCAACAGCAAAGGACCAAUCAAGGUUCACGCGGGAGACCUCGAUCUAACCACAUCCAUUGACGACAACUUCUUCCACCCUCCUCAAGACGUUGAGGUAGAGCAGAUCUUCAAACAUCCCGACUACAAAAAAGGCUUCAGGCGACCGGACAAGGGACUCUUUAACGAUAUUGCCCUGCUCAAGCUGAAGAGUGACAUCAGGUUCUCAGACAUCGUGAAGCCUAUCUGUGUUCCGGGGAGAGCAAAGAAGGACCCAUAUAGCGGGGAAGCCGCUAUUGCUGGAUGGGGAACGACUGCAUACAAGGGUUUUGCAUCUAAGAGGAUGCUCUUUGCCGCAAUCAAUUUCACGCGGUUCGACUCGUGCCAGAGCAACUACCGCGAUCUGGGCAUGCGCGUCGACGCACGUCUGCACCUGUGCGCCAGCGGUAACGACAGGAAUCGGACGCGCCCCGGCUGCACGCCGGACUCGGAGGAGAUCCGCUGCCAGGGCGGUGUCGACGCCUGCGAGGGUGACAGCGGCGGACCUCUGAUGACCUACGAGAAGACGAACGGCACGCUCAAGUUCUCCGCCGCCGGCGUCGUGUCGUUCGCCGUGGGCUGUGGCAACGCCAGGUUCCCGGGCAUCUACACCCGCGUCGACUCGUACCUCGACUGGAUGGCGCAGACCGUAGCCGACAACUGAGCGACAAGACUGGAGCUGUCGGGACUGAGGCCGGGGCACCGACCCACCUCCCACAGCUCAAAAGCGCGCGACGACAGCGCGCCCGGCGUAAGCCCCAGGCUGCCGGUAAUAUUCAGGGCACGAAUUUGUGAUGUUCAUCUUAGUUGGCUGGUCACUGUGCAGCGUUCAGAAGCGCUGGAUGUGGACACCUCACUUAUUUCGCCAGACCAGGGCGUGGCGGAGCGCUCCAGACCAGACCAGGGCGUGGCAGAGCGCUCCAGACCAGACCAGGGCGUGGCGGAGCGCUCCAGACCAGACCAGGGCGUGGCAGAACGCUCCAGACCAGACCAGGGUGUGGCGGAGCGCUCCAGACCAGACCAGGGCGUGGCGGAGCGCUGGAGGAGCGAGACUAGCUUUUGGAAUGGGCGCUGUCAAGUGCUAAGUGGGAUAAGUGGUAGAGUGAAGUUGGCUGUUAUUGAGACUGCUGUCGGAUGAGGUAGAACUCGCCGAUGUGAUAGCAUGUGAGAUCUGGUUGUUAACUGCGCUACACCGGUCAAUGACAGUAUUAAUGUCUUGGUUGAUGUGCUACUGAACUUUAACUAAAUCAGAGGAUAAAUGAUUACAUUGCAGUUGAUGCGGAGGCUUCGACCGUUCCCAGGGUGCUAUCCUGAGGUGCAGCACUUCAUUUUGUUGUCCUGAUAGCUUGUAAUGCGCUGCUGUUUCUCAAAUGUUGUACUCGGAUGAUCACUCGCAAAUUAUGUAGUUUAAAAAUUGCAUGUGUUAGAGCGUUCAAAAUUCGAUUUGCAACAUUGAAACAUGGAAUAGAUCAACAGCAUUUGACAACUUUGGAAGCAUCUGCCGUGUCCUCAACGGGAUAUUACCAACUUGGUAAACAGCAUUGCCAUAAUGUAACACUUGUCCCAGCAAUGUUAUCGGGGUGCCGAGAGUUUUAAUUGCGUCGAUAUUUUUGAAUUUUGAUAAUUAACUUUCAGGUAUGAAAGUGAAAUGAAAUCGUCUGUCAGUACCAACUAUUUGCAUGUUGCUACCCAACCUGCUGACACCCAAAAUUCAGGGUGUGCUGAAGCCGGUGGGACCAAAUGAGCCAGGCUAUUGUAAUGGCGUACAUUGUCACUGUCAGUGUCACGACCAAGAAGUGCUAGCAACAGUACAGCACUAUUUUGGCGACGUUUUCGUUGUCGGCUCCGCUUGUUCCAGUGUCAAAUGGAUGGCAAUUCACAGGGAUGUCUUCUUGGCAGUCGGAAAUUCUUAAGGGAAAUAUCCCGCUUUUUUGCGCUUUUCACUUAUUAAUAGACCAGACGCGUACUAUUCGAUCAGCAGUACUAGUUUUCUCGAAGUCCGGAAUAGCCCAGAAUUCGAUUGGAAGUGGAAGAGACGCCUAUGGAAGAAAUCUCAUUAUACCCUCUGCUCACCACCAUAAAAGUGAUACAUUUCGUUUGCCUGUUGGUUUCCAAUGAGUACGCUGUAUUAUGUCAGAACACACUAAUGUGUCAAAAUGUUUGUGUAAUAAAUGCUACUACAGCUUGCAA